GACGUUCCUCUAUCUCGUAACCGAAGCAGCCUCCCUUUCUAAAGAAAGCUCUCAUUUUCCAUUCCCUUUCUUCGUUUCCAUUUUUUGCUGCGUGUUCUCAGUAAAAUCCCAUUCUUCUCCCAAAUCGCGCCUCUACCCAGAAAUCCUAUACCUGUUUUGACAUUUGGUUCUUCUCGGAUCUGGGUUUCGAUAUCUCAGUUCUUACCUCGGAUCUUUGUGACUGUUUUGCGUACGAGGGUCUGUUUUUCGUGGUGAUUUCGAGUUCGGCCUGUCCUGUAUUGGCUCUAGAUCCGGGCCAAGAACGGGAAACAUCAUUCAGGAUUUGGGUUAUUCGGGCAUUAAGCUUGCAGCAAUAGGUUAUUGGCUAAGAUGGCAUCAAAGGAGGGGUUUUUGACAGACGGGCAGAGGGAAAUGUUGAAACUUGCCUGCGAGAGUGCAGAGAAUCUUCCACCUUCUCCGAAGCCUACCUCGUGUUUACGAUCAGAGAAUCUGCCGAAAGUAUCUGGUUGUGGAAAGGCAUCUGGUGGAUCAAAUGCUGUGAGACACCGUAGGUCUCACAGCGGGAAGUCUAUCCGUGUAAAGAAGGAUGGGGCCGGUGGCAAGGGCACCUGGGGAAAACUUCUCGACACUGAUGGAGUCUAUCACAUCGAUCGGAAUGAUCCAAACUACGACAGUGGGGAGGAGGAACCAUACGAGCUUGUUGGCGCAACUGUUUCCGACCCCUUGGACGAUUACAAAAAAGCUGUGGCUUCCAUCAUUGAAGAAUAUUUCAGCACCGGUGAUGUGGAGGUGGUAGCGUCUGAUCUUGGAGAACUAGGUUCAAGUGAAUAUCAUCCAUACUUCAUCAAGCGGCUCGUCUCAGUGGCUAUGGAUAGACAUGACAAGGAGAAGGAAAUGGCAUCGGUCUUGCUUUCUGCAUUGUAUGCUGAUGUCAUCAAUCCCGACCAGAUCAGAGACGGGUUUGUCUUGCUUCUUGAGUCAGCUGAUGACUUUGCAGUGGAUAUACCCGAUACCGUUGAUGUCCUAGCUCUGUUCCUUGCACGUGCUGUUGUGGAUGACAUCCUUCCACCAGCUUUCCUUCCUAGGGCAAGAAAGACACUUCCAGAAUCUUCCAAAGGUUUCCAGGUUAUCCAAACUGCGGGAAAAAGCUAUCUGUCUGCUCCACACCAUGCGGAACUGGUGGAAAGGAGAUGGGGUGGUUCAACUCGGACCACUGUUGAGGAAGUCAAGAAAAAGAUUGCUGAACUUUUGAGGGAAUACGUGGACAAUAAAGACACUUACGAGGCUUGCCGCUGCAUUAGAGAGUUGGGUGUGUCUUUUUUCCAUCAUGAAGUUGUGAAGAAGGCUUUGAUUACUGCCAUGGAGAUCCCUACAGCUGAACCACUUAUAUUUAAGCUGUUGAAGGAGGCAGCUAAAGAAAAUCUGGUAAGUUCUAGUCAAAUGGUGAAGGGGUUUUCUAGGCUAGGAGAAAGCCUUGACGAUCUUGCUCUCGACAUUCCAUCUGCCAAAACCCUAUUUGGUUCGAUUGUGUCAAAUGCUGUCUCCGAAGGUUGGCUUGAUGCUUCGUUCAAUGAUCCCUCUGGUGAAGAAGGGCAAGUGCAGAUUGAGAAUGAGAAACUGAAGCGUUACAAGGAAGAGGUUGUGACCAUGAUUCAUGAGUAUUUCCUCUCUGAUGACAUUCCUGAACUCGUUCGUAAUCUUGAGGAUUUAGAGGCACCUGAGUACAACCCGGUUUUUCUCAAGAAGCUGAUAACACUCGCCAUGGACAGGAAGAACCGUGAGAAGGAAAUGGCAUCUGUUCUCCUCUCAUCUCUUCACAUUGAGAUUUUCUCAACAGAAGACAUCGUAAAUGGUUUUGUCAUGCUCCUGGAGUCUGCGGAAGACACGGCUCUGGACAUUCUCGAUGCUUCCAAUGAACUUGCUCUGUUCUUGGCAAGAGCUGUGAUCGAUGAUGUUUUAGCACCCUUGAACCUUGAAGAAAUCUCUAGCAGAUUACGACCCAACUCCUCUGGAACCGAGACAGUGAAGAUGGCCCGGUCGCUUAUCUUUGCCCGUCAUGCGGGAGAGAGGCUUCUACGAUGCUGGGGUGGUGGCACGGGGUGGGCAGUGGAAGAUGCAAAGGACAAGAUAUGGAAGCUUCUGGAAGAGUACGAGAGUUCUGGCGUAGUCUCGGAGGCCUGCCAGUGCAUUCGCGAGCUGGGUUUGCCGUUCUUCAACCACGAGGUGGUCAAGAAGGCACUUGUCAUGGCCAUGGAGAAGAAGAAUGACCGGAUGCUGGAUCUUCUCCAGGAGAGCUUCAGCGAGGGCCUCAUCACGACGAACCAGAUGACCAAAGGAUUCACCCGGGUGAAAGAUGCCCUUGAUGAUCUGGCUCUCGAUAUCCCGAACGCAGAGGAGAAAUUCAGUGUCUAUGUGGGUCACGGCCAAAAGAACGGAUGGCUCUCAUCCUCGUUUGUACCUUCUUCCCUAACUUGAGGGCUCAGCUCUUGUGUCACCGAGCUCCCUAUCCAUGGCCGCUUCACCGUCCAGGGUUCUGCCUUUUUUUAGGGUUUGAGAAACUUGGAAAGGGAGCUGGAUAACUUGGCGACUAAUUCUCAGAAUCAGUGUUAUCGUUUUCUGUGUAACUGGAGACCGGUUCUGUUUGACGUUUGGAUAGACUCAUCCCCCCUCAAGCUUUAUACUGCUGUGUGUUUGUGUUUGAACCUUGUUCUGUAAUGUCUUUUUCAUUAGAUCAAGUAGCGAGUGGAUGCCCCA